UAUUCACUUGAAAACAUUCCAUACAUCCACUCUCCACAAAAAAAAAAAAAACCCUAACAAAAAACCAGUUUUAUUUCAACAUGGAAGCCCAAAACCGGUCCUCACCAGCAACUUCUUCUUCAUCCGAGUCAUCUGACUCUUCACACUCACGCCAUAAAAAUAGAUGGUCUAAGAUUGAUAGAAUAAAGGGUCCUUGGAAUGCUGAAGAGGAUCGGAUCUUGACCCGACUUGUUGACUCAUAUGGGCCAAGAAACUGGUCAGUUAUUAGUAAGUAUAUAAAGGGUAGGUCCGGUAAGUCAUGUAGACUUAGGUGGUGUAAUCAGCUGAGUCCCAAUGUGCAGCACAGGCCGUUUUCGGCCGCUGAAGAUGACACCAUUUUGGCUGCUCAUGCUCAGUAUGGCAACAGGUGGGCUACCAUUGCAAGGUUGCUUCCUGGGAGGACAGAUAACGCGGUUAAGAAUCAUUGGAACUCAACGUUGAAGAGACGGAGGGUUGAGGCUGAGAUAGUUGGGGAAGAGUCGGAGAUUGGGGGUAUGAGAUUUGGGAGUAAAUCUAUGUCGUCGGGUUCGGUGUCGAAUGGAGAGGGUGUGGAGGAUCCGAUGACGACGCUUACAUUAGCGCCGCCAGGGAUGGGUGGGUUUGGGUCGCCAGAGAAAGGGAGAGGGGAUGUCGCGGUGGGAUUUUGGGACGUUAUGAGAGGGGUGAUUGAAAAGGAGGUUAGGGAGUAUGUUACAGCGUCGUUUCCUGAGAACUCUGGAUUUCAUUAACGGUUGUGUUUAAACGUAUCUCCCUCCCAUAGCCCCAUGUGAUAUGGGAAUAUUUUUUUUAAUUGGUGGAUCUCUUCUGCAAUGUUGUGAGAGAUGAUACGUUUAGUACAACCCUUUUAUUCACAUUUUAUGGAUUUAUUAUUUAUUUUAAUUUAAACUUUUUAUGUUAUAAUGGUUUCAAGUGCUAAUUAUUGGUGAAUGUGAAGUUCAAGUUGAUGUUAAAGGCAAUGUAUCAACAAGUAUUUAUGUAAUUAUGUACGUGAUCUUUAAAAGAUCGUUUAAAAU